GGCCCGUGGGCGGCCGCUCUGCGCUGUUGUACGUCCACGCGGUGUGGGUGGCGGCCGGCCGGCGGCGGCGCGCGGCCGUAUAAGGUCGGCGCCGAGCCUCUGCGGUCACAGUCGCGCUCCGAGCUGCCGCCGUCCACACCGCAGCCAUGGCGAGUCUGUCCUGCUCGGCUCUGCUGCUGGCCACAGCCCUGGUGGGCCUGGAGGCGCGCCCCUACAAGGACCAGCAGCUGUCUGACCGGGGGAUCGACUCUCUGGGCGGCGGCCACUUACUCAGAGGCAUCGACUCGCUGGGCGGCGGCCACCUGUUGAGGGGAAUCGACUCUCUCGGCGGAGGACACCUCCUGAGAGGAAUCGACUCCCUGGGCGGAGGACACCUGUUGCGAGGAAUCGACUCUCUGGGAGGAGGACAUCUGCUCCGGGAGGCGGACUCCCAGGGAGGACGGCGGCACCUCUCCAACGUCUACACACAGAGGCUGAUCGACUACUAUAACAGCCACCCGGAGGCUUACGACCGGGAGGUGCGCGCCCUGGACCCGCUCAGCGGCGUCUCGUUCGGUGUGGAGAAGCGGCUCGACUCGCUCAGUGGCAUGACCUUCGGCCUGGAGAAGCGCAACUUUGACGAAAUCGAUCGGUCGGGCUUCAGCGGCUUCGCGAAGCGCAACUUCGACGAAAUCGACCGAUCUGGCUUCACUGGCUUCGCGAAGCGGCCACAGCAGUCCAGCGUACAAAAGCGCAACUUUGACGAAAUCGAUCGCAGCGGAUUCAGCGGUUUUGUGAAGCGGGAGGCGCCGGCCAAAGAGAAACUGUAGGCUCACACCCCGCCCAUUUGUAUCCAUUCCGCCAAAUUUCUUGUUCUGCCAUUUGUCGAGCCCUGAACAUUUGCAAGAUCAAAUAACAAGGUCGAGCUCGCUGGGGUCAUUGACCGGACACAGCUGGGGUCACUGACCGGGACACAGCUGAGGCCACUGACCGGACACAGCUGGGGUCACUGACCGGACACAGCUGGGGUCACUGACCGGGACACAGCUGAGGUCACUGACCGGUCACAGCUGGGGUCACUGACCGGGACGCAGCGUCCGAGAGGCUGGAUGGCUGCGUUCCGUUCCGGUCAGGUCGGACUGACCUGACCCGCAGCGAGCUGACCUGAACCCUGUGCCGGCCAACCGGCCUGCGCUGUCACAGACGUUCGGCGCCGCGACCGUGGCGAGCUAUUUCGCGGGGCAAUGUGUGAUUGUUUCGUGUCGAGACGCUAUUCGUUGAUAAUAUAGUCACGAUAUGACG